AUGGAUGUCCUUCAAAACUCUGUCGUGGCUCCUCUCCAGCCUAUCCUCCGUCCCAUCGUCGAUGCGAUCCCUGAGCCCGUCCAUGAUGCAGUCAUUUCGCUGAUCGGUUCGCCCUGCCACAGCGCACUCCUCCUCGACCUCGAUCUCACAAAGGACCCGGCCUGCACAUCCCUCGCAAUCUCCAAAGCCCUUGGUAUUGCUAUUGUCGGCGCCAGUGCGGUAGUAAAGGUCCCUCAAAUCCUGAAGCUUAUUAGCUCGCGCUCUUCCGCCGGUGUCUCCUUCGUCUCAUACGCCCUGGAAACCGCCAGUCUGCUCAUCACCCUCUCCUACGGCGUGCGCAACCAGUUCCCUUUCAGCACAUACGGCGAGUCAGCUCUUAUCGCCAUCCAAGAUGUUGCUGUUGGUGUUCUCGUCCUGACCUUUGCUGGUCGGUCCGCCGCAGCUGCAACUUUCGUCGCGGUCGUCGCGGCCGCCGUGUAUGCCCUGCUCUUUGAUCAAACUCUCGUGGAUGCCCAGACUAUGUCGUACUUGCAGGCCGGUGCUGGUAUUCUCGGUGUUGCCAGCAAGGCCCCUCAAAUUUAUACCAUUUGGAGCCAAGGUGGAACCGGCCAAUUGAGCGCAUUUGCGGUCUUCAAUUACCUCGCUGGCUCCCUCUCCCGCAUCUUUACUACUCUCCAAGAAGUUGACGACAAGCUGAUCCUUUACGGUUUCAUUGCCGGCUUCACCCUCAACGUGAUCCUCGCCACCCAGAUGUUGUACUACUGGAACAGCCCCGCGACGCCGCAAAAGAAGGCGACUCGCGGCAAGGUUACUGAGAAGGCUCCUGCUGCCCAAAGCACGGGAGCAUCGCCCAGGCCUGGCUCCAAGACGCCCACUACGCGCCGACGGGGUUAG